GGGGAGGGGGGAGGAGAGGGAGGGAGCAGCCGGACGCCCCUCCCCCGGCCCGGCCCCCUGGGGGGUCAGCCAAGCGGGCUGCUCUCGGGAGCCCCGACCCCCAGGGCGCCCCCCCGUUUGGGGGAGCCCAGCCGAUGGCGGGGGUGGUUCAGUUGGGUAGCGCUGAGUGAGGGGAGCGGAGGGGUGGGAGCGGGAAUGUGACGGACGCCUCCCUCCCUUCUCAACCCUUCUCUUCGCCCCGCCCCUCCUCGCCGUCGGAGGGGGGGCAAGGGGGUGUCUCCGGGCCUGUGGAGCCCGGGGCUCCGACUCCCCACCUGUCUCCAUCCUGUUCUCCCUGGGUAGAAGGAGCACAGAACAGGACAGGUCGGUCGCCUCAUCUCUCGGCGCUGGGGGACUGGGGGGGCCAACCCAGCUAGCAGGAAGUGGGCGCGCCCUCCUCCCCAGAUCUACCCCUGGUGGCGGGCCCUACGUCUCCCCUACCCCACAGCAUCAGUUUCCCCAAUGUCUUCUCGAACCCUAGGCCUGAGGAAAAGAGAGAGCGCAAUAUGGAGGAAUGAUAAGGUCAAUUCCCCCAGCAUCUCCUCCUUCCUUUCCGUCCCGACGUCCCUCAUCCCUGGUCUGCGGUCUCCCAGACCUAUGGGCCAGGGCUGGGGCCAAGAAUUCCAGGAAUCCAGGGCCUAACCGCCCUUCCCCCCCCCCCGCCCCCCACUUGCGUACUAGACCAACAGGCCAGAACCUUGGGAGGUCGGAGGCCCUGGCCCUGUCCGGCUAGAAGUUUCUGCCUCCUUUCACCUGCCUUAGGAUGGAGGUCAGAGGGCAACUCCUCAGCUCCCCAAGCUACAACUGUCCAGCACUGCCCCCAGAAGAGAGCCCCCCUGUGAAGGUGGAGAGACUUCGGGUGCUACUGGAGCGACAGCGAGGCUUACAGGAGACCCUCAGUCUGAAGCUUCGAGAACUCCGAAGGGUCUGCCUGCUGGAGGCGGAGCUGACAGGCCAACUGCCUGCAGAAUACCCCUUGGAGCCUGGUGAGCAGCCUCAUCCCGUUCGACGCAGGGCUGCUCCUAUACCCCCGCAGCCCCGAGGACUCGGACCCUCUGGGGCACUAGCACUGGAGACGCUGGAGAGAGAGGUGUCAGUUCAGAGGCAGAUUGCUGCAGCUGCCAGGCGCCUAGCACUGGCCCCGGAGCUGAGUGUGGAGCAGAGGCGGAGGCGGCGGCAGGUCCAGGCAGACGCAGCCCAGAGACUUCUUGAACUGGAGGAGCAGCUGCGGGCCAGCAGGGCUCUUAUGGCUCUUCCACUCAGCCUGCUGCCUGGCCAAGCCCAGCUUCCGCCACCAGGCCAUGGAGGUCCUGGACUUCCUGGGCUCAGGACCCGGGUAGCCCAGCUUAGCCAAGAUGAUGCCUCACGCUCAGAGAGCAGCUCUCUCUCAGAGUCCGCAAGCCAUGAGAACGAGGAUCCCCAUAGCGAGCGGCCUUCACUCCCAAAGGCCCGAGACCAGCUGCGGGCAUCAGUAUCGGCAGGGGGCAGCCCGGAACGGCGACCACCUUGGAAGGCAAUGCCGCCUCUGCCCGUUGCUGAGCUCUAUGGAGACCUGAAGAGCAGGAGGAACUCUGUGGCCAGCCCCACCAGCCCCACAAGGACCCUUCCCAGAAGCAUAUCUAGCUUUGAGGGCAGAAGCGUUCCUGCCACACCUGUCCUGGCCCGGGGUCCUGCACCCCAGCUCUGCAGGCUAGAGGGCCUCCACUCCCGUCAAUGGUCUGGUAGCCAGGACUCUCAGAUGGGCUUCCCACACACAGAUGGCCCCUGGGAGCGUGCCUUCCUAGUGUCUGGCCGAACCCGCCGGAGCAAUAGUUCUGAGGCCCUGUUGGUCGACCGAGGUGCCGGGAUCUCCAGCUUUGCGUGUGCUCGCCUACCCCCAGACGGGCCACCAAUGUCCCCGCCCUGCAAAAGCAAUGAGAAUAUUCUGGAGCGACCAGCCCCAGUGCCCCCCCCAGCCUUCUCUUCUCGAACAGCUGGGCCUCUGGACCCUCCCCGGGCAGCCCGGCCCAGUUCGGCUGCCCCUCCCGCUCCCCGGGGGCGUCCCCUGCCAGCCUAUGGUGACCUGCUACUGGAUUACUAUCUGGCCCGGGGUGGCCCAUGUUGGGUUGAGGGCCCAGGCCACCUUUCCCGCAGGGACGGUCUCUCUGACUUCUUACCCCUGGCUCCCUCAGCACUUCAGGGGGAUGGGGGAGGUGGCAUUGGCAGCCCCCUCCUUCGAGCCAAGGACCCAGCACCCCACGGAGGCCCUGGGCGUGGGCUAACCGGCCGCACAAAGUCUGAUGAUGGGGGCCCACUGCUUGGUUCCUUCUGGGCAGGUCCUGGGCCAAGCCGUUACCACAGCCAGCCAGAGCAAGUAGUUGUUGACCCCCGGGGUGGUCACAAGGCUCUGGCUCUCGAGGGUCUCCGGGACUGGUAUAUUCGAAAUGUGGGCUCGACAGGAGGGGGUGCCGUGGCAGGCUUCCAUCCCUCGGCCCGGGGCCUCCUUCCAGAAGGUCAGGCCUUGCAUCCUUCCCCCUUCCCUUGGCAUCACCCUAGCUACCCCCAAGGCCUCCUGCUGCACACUGCCCAUGGCACCGAGGCUAGCCCCGAGCCAUACUUGGGCUACGCUGGAGUGGCCCUGCCUUCAGCAGCGGCUGCAGCGGCGGCAGCGACAGCCCUACCUCACUCCCUCAGCUUCACUGCGCCUCCUGUCUCUGGCAGACACUACGCAGACUUCCUGUACCCCCCGGAGCUGAGCUCCCACUUAAGUGACCUGGCAUUGGAGGGGGACCGGCCCCUGGACUCAGAUCCUCGAACCCCAGGGACGUUGGUCUGACCCUUCUGCCCCUGGAGACACUGGUCUGACAUCCCAGCUCCACCCUGGGGAUUCCUAACGGACCCUUACAACGCUAAUGUCAUGUCUUUGUAACCCUGACCCUGCACAGAAGCCCCCUUGUCCCGCCCUUUACUUCCUGAACACCACCAUUCCUCCCAAACCCAUUUCUCAUCUGGUGUGAGCUGGGAGGGGCCUAAGGAUUGUGCAGGGCCCUUUCCUCUCUUUUCUACCUGCUAGGAGGAAGUGAGAACCUCAUACUAUGUGGAUAUUGAGCUGAUCUGUGACAUCCCCAAAGUCUUGUGUGCCCUCCCCCCCCCACUCUCCCUGUAUGGAAGAGGGGGCAUGGGCUUCUGGGGAGGGGGGAUAGGCUGGAUCGCGCCUAACCUAUUGCCCUCUGUCUCCUUCUUUCGUUGACAUCAGGCCUCCAGAUGGAAGCAAGGGCCAAGCUCAACCACCCUGGUUUGGGGGUAGGGGGUAACUCACGCCUUUGGAAAUGGAGGAGUUCUUCCUGUCCUCACCUUUUUGCUUCUGCAUCUGCUCCCCUUCUGACCCCAUCCUGGGGGGCAGAGGUAGAAGGCCCAGUAGUCAUCAGAGGUCCCCUGCAUAUUGGCUGUGAAGAUACUGGGGGGGGGGGAUGAGGCUCCUCAGUGAGGAGCAGCUCCCGCCGAGCUGUGCCUCCCAUCAUAAGGAGUCCUCCCCGGCAGGAUAAAGACUUCCCAGUGUUGCAGUGGGUGACACUCACUUGGCCCUCAUCUCCUGCAGAUGAGCAGUGUGUAGGGGCCUCCCAGGCUCUCGGCUUCCCCUUUCCAACCCACAUAAAGCCACACUGUUGACCCUUUCUCCUGUCUAGCGGUUGUGCCGUCUAUGUGGGGAGGGGGGGAGUACAAAUGGCCCCCUGCAGCGGAUAGCCCUGGCUUCUGCUUGGCAUCGGCACUGGAACGCUAGGGGUUUCUCUAAUAAACAGGUGAAUGGUA